GGCUAAGUCAGUACAGGCGGUGGAGCCCACUGGGACGGUCGGGGUGUGCGCGCUCUCCACACCUCCAAUAUCAUAUCUUGCACCAUUUCAACGGUGGGCUCCCACAUCCCCACUAUACACCAGUGUUAAGCGACCAUUUCUUUUGAUGAUAAUAUAAAAUAAGCAACCUAGUCAGUAUAAAAGCCGGCAUUGUCCUCGGAUUACAGAAGUAAAUGUAUUUAAAAUGGUAAUUUAGAUUUUAGGAGGGGGGGGUGUGGCAGUCAAAGUGCUUCAGGAAGAGAAAUUGAAACCAGAACAUAGAUUUCGCUAUGUUGUGCAAGAUGAAGUGGAAGACAUUGCGGUAAACUUGAGUGUUGUAUUGUGCAAGGUGUAGUAAGUACCUGCAAGCCGGCGCUGUAGUAGCUGAAGCAGCUCCUGAGUGAGGUGACGACGGAGGGUGGUCGCACGACGUCAGGAGCGAUGGCUGACGAGGAGCAGCUGAGGAUGAGCCACGCGGGACUGCUGGCCAGGAGCGCCGAGGGCCACGCCGCCAAGGGCAUGAGGAUCAAGGAUCAGGAGGACAUGUGGGUCGAGAUCCAGCACCACACCUUCAGGAACUGGGUGAACGUCCAGCUGAGGGACACGGGCAUCCGCGUGGAGAACCUCUCCGAGGACCUGUGCGACGGCUUGGCCCUGGUCACGCUGGUGGAAGUGCUGCAGAAGCGGCGGCUCCGGAAGGUGAAGCGGGUCUUGAACCAGCACCAGGCGCUGGAGAACGUCACCACCGCCCUCAACGCUAUAGCUGACGACGGUAUCAAGCUUGUUAACAUAGGGAACGUGGACAUCGUGAAGGGCAACCUGAAGCUGAUCCUGGGGUUGAUAUGGUCGCUCAUCAUGCACUACCAGAUCGGCCAGUCCAAGUUCCCACCCAAGAAGCUGAUGCUCGCUUGGCUCAAGGCUGCGCUGCCGGACUGUCGCAUCCAGAACUUUACCUCUGACUGGAACAGCGGAGUGUACCUGAGCGCGCUCCUCGACUACUGUAAACCCGGCCUCUUCACCUCUUGGAGGAACCUCAACCCUCGCAACUCGGUGGAGAACUGCAAGAACGCCAUGGAGAUCGCCAAGGUGGAGUUCAGCAUCCCUAUGGUGCUUGACCCCGAGAUACUGGCCUCGCCCUAUCUGGACGACCUCUCCGGCAUGACCUACCUCUCCUACUUCAUGAAGGAGGGCGGCCCAGGCUACAACUCUACUCUCAAGUGGGUCCAGAGCCAGAUGCCAGACAGGAAAAUCAAGAACUUCACGACUGACUGGAACGAUGGGCUGAACCUGACGAGGCUGGUCAAGCAGCUUGGCGGACCCGUGCCAGGCUAUAAGAACCUCUCCGCAGACCCCAAAAAGUGGGAGUCGAACCUGCAGUUAGGUAUCGACGGGGGCAGGAAGCUCGGGGUGGAGCCGGUGCUGGCUGCGGCCGACAUGGCCAGGCCGGACGUGGAGUCGCUGGCUAACAUGGGCUACAUCGCCUACUACCAGUGGAUCCGGCCCAGGGACUGUCCUGCCGACACCAUCACCGUCAAGUGUGAGCUGGACAACGUGAGGGUCAACAACCCGGUGCCGUUCAAGAUAGACUUCCUGACCAAUGAGGUGGUUGUGAGCGAGAUCGAGGUGCUGGUGAACGGGCCUUCAGGUCCCGUCAGAGUGGACCUCGACCUGUCCCCCAGAGGUGGCAAGGGCAUCUUCAUCCCGGAGGAGGUCGGCAUCUACGAGCUACGGGUGAUUAACGAAGGGGAGGUGGUGGAAGGCUGCCCCAUCACCGUGCGGGCUCUUCCUGACGUCUCCAAGAUCAUGUUCUCCGGCAUCGACCCCUGCGCCCUGGGCUCCAUCGUCGAGGUCCUGAUCAACAGUAACGGGGCUGGCGGAGGGGACAUCGAGGUGACGGCGUACUCCCCGACCAACCGACCUCUGGUGUGUCCCGUCAAGGUUGAGGACGGAGUGUACGCUGCCACCUUCCAGCCAGACGAGGCCGGCCAGUGGUCUAUCGCUGUGUGCUACGACGACGAGCAUAUCCAGGGCUCCCCCUUCACCUGCCACGUCUACGACCCCAACGGACUCAGGCUUGAUGGACUUGAGAAGGGCCCGGGGUGGAGCGCCGGGAAGCCCUUCACCUUCGUGGUGGACGCCACCAACUGUGGCUGGGGCGACGCUAAGGUGGACGUGACGCAGGGCGGCCGCUCCCUGCAGGCCAGGACGCUCGAGGUGGACCGCGGCCUCUACGAAGUCACCUUCACCCCAACGGAGGCUGCCAAACACAAGAUUUAUGCCUAUUUCAACGGCCACGAAGUGAAAGGCUCACCAUUCUCACUGUACCUGGGUAUCGAGAAGCCGCCAGAGAGAAAGGAUUCAAAGUCUAAAAAGAAAAAGUCGUCGAGCAGAGAAAACAAAGAUCCGAAGAACCCCAAGGAGAUCGUCAAGGAAUACACGGGAUCAGCUCUCGUCAACUCUCCCAGGUUGAGCAACCCGGACUCUUCUGAUCCGAACUACAAGUCUACGCUCACUAAGACUUACGACUCGACCCUCAACAAAUCUUACGAUUCGUCUCACAACAAGAGCCAUGAUACGUCCAUUAAUAAGAGUUAUGAAACGUCCAUUAAUAAGAGCUAUGAUUCAUCCACUAAGAAGAGGUAUGAUUCGUCCAUCCAAAAGGUUUAUGAUUCACCUGUCAAGAAGAGCUAUGACUCACCCGUCAAGGUCUAUGACUCGCCCGUCAAGGUCUAUGACUCGCCCGUCAAGGUCUAUGACUCGCCCGUCAAGGUCUAUGACUCGCCCGUCAAAAAGAGCUAUGACUCGCCCGUCAAAAAGAGCUAUGACUCGCCCGUCAAAAAGAGCCAUGACUCGCCCGUCAAAAAGAGUUACGAUACAUCUAUCAACAAAAAUUAUGAGUCUGUUCACAACAAGGUGUACGAGUCGACCGUCAACAGGUCUUACGAUUCAGAUCAGAACAAGAAGUACGACGUAGUGCCUCACAGUACCUAUGACUCGCCUGCCGUUAGGUACGAGUCGACCCCCAACAAAACCUAUGACUCGUCAGUGACGAAAACCAGCAGCAGCACCUACGAUGCCAUCGACAAUAAGUACGUCAAUUUUGAGUCUACAUCUGUCGUUAAUCGAAGCACCGUCUACGACUCGAGUGAGAGAAACGUUGGUGGUGCUUACGAGUCCAGCCCGCCAAGGGUCACCUAUGAGUCCACCCCAAAGAAGACGAGUACUCAUGACUCGAGUCCCCCCAGUCCCUCCAGACUGGACUUGAGCCGCAGCAGAAGCCCCUCUGGCUUCAACUCCAGCUUCAAUACCUCCUCCUCGACGGUCAUCAAUACAGGCAUCACCACGAAGUCCUCCUCGGUUUUCAAGUCUUCCAGUCCGGGCAGACUGUCCUCUCCUGGAGCACGCAAGUCAGCAUCCCCGUCACCGCCCCCUCCCAGGGCCAUUAGGGCCACCAGCCCACCCCAAGUGCCACGAUCUUCGCCAGUGCGGGCCCUCGGCUCCCCUGCACCACCCCCAGACAACCUCACGGGAUUAUCUUCCCCCGCUAAGGUCCUCCAAAUUGCCCAGAACGCUGCCAAGACUUCUGAAGCGAGACGACUAAGGAACCUUCAAGGCUCCUCCAAGCUCAGAACCAGGACCUUAAUCAUCGACAAAGACGAUACCUCUGAUGGAGGGGCGUCGGUUGACGAGUCGCCACCCCACCAGCGCCUCUCCUCCGAGCAAAGGUCAACUUUACUCCAGAGUGACGAGCGUUUCUCCGCCUCCACCCGCAUGCACCCCGCCCCCACGCCCUCCUCCAUGACCGCCAGCAUGCACACCACGCCCUCCUCCAUCACCACCAUCAGGAAGACGGAGGAGAAAUUAACCACAACCGGAGAGCAUCGUGUGACCUCGAGCGUGGGUGAGAGUGGGGGCAGCGCUCCCCUGGGGCUACCACCAGACGGCAGGAGAGGCGCCAGGCCAGACCACACCCACCCUGCCUUCGACCAGUCCCUCACCAUCAGGAGAGACCUCACAGAAACUGGAGAAGUCCUCCUCCACAGAGACGGCGCCCAUCCUAGAAGAGACCACUUCCCUACUGGAAGAGACGACGUCCAUCUUAGAAGAGACACCGUCCAGAACAUGGAAUCUACAACAUACCUGAGCUCCAGCGCCACCUCUGUGGACGUCGUGGACGCCGUCAGCCACCGCCUCCACACCCCUGCUGCCACUCGCCACACCCUCGACCCCUCUAGAGUGUCUGUCAGCGGCCCUGGCGUCAGACUAGUGUCUGUCAGUUCUCAGGCGGAGUUCACCGUGAGCACGCCGCAGCCGCUGCAUCAGGAGGAGGUGAACGUCAGGAUCACAGGUCCUGGGAAGCGGAUGGUUCCGGUGGCGACCAACGACACGUCGGAUGGGGAUGUGAUGGCGGCCUUUACACCCCUCGAGGUCGGGGAGUACCUCGUCGACGUCCGUGUGGGUGACGCCAGGGUCCCCAACAGCCCUUUCAGGUGCUACGUGUACAACUCCCAGGAGAUCCGCGUCGGGGCCAUCCCCAACGGCAUCGUGGGUAGACCCGUCGAGUUCGAGAUCGAUGGAUCAUCAGCUGGGUCGGGCAACCUGGAGAUUCUGGUUAAUGGUGGCCACGUGACCUCGUACGUCAGGAACCUGGGCCAGCAGAGGUUCCUGGCCUCCUUCGUCCCGCACUCCGCCAUCCGUCACACCGUCGAGAUGCGCUUCAACGGGGAGAAGGUCCCUGGGUCGCCGUGGAGCGUGGAGGUGAUGGAGGGCGGCGGGGCGCGCGUGGCGGUGCUCGGGGACACCAUCAAACACUUCCCUGCUGGACAACUCUCAGCCUUUGACAUCUCGGCUGCCAACGUCUCCAAGGAGGACAUUCAGGUCCACAUAGUCAGCCCGGCCAAGCGUCCGGUAUCUUACCAGCUGACGGAGAGCGGCGAGAAUGUGUAUCGCGUAGCGUUCGUGACAACGGAAGUGGGGUCGUAUGUGGUAGACGUGGCUGUGGCCGGGCAGAAGGUGCAGGGUUCGCCCUUCAUCGCUAAGGCAUACGACGCGGGACUCAUCCGGGUGUCCGACGUGCCCAACGGCGUGGUGGGGCAACCCUGCCAGUUCAGAGUGGACGCGUCGCAGGCGGGCGAGGGUCAGCUGGAGAUCAGCAUCAAUGACGGCGAGGUGCCCAACCAUGUUCAGGUGCUGGGCGGCGGCCGCUGCCUGGUCUCCUUCACCCCCGACACUGCCAAGAUCCACACCAUUGACAUCAAGUUCAACGGGGAGACAGUUCGCGGGUGUCCGUUUGAGUGUCGUGUGGCCGACACCUCGCGGGUCAGUCUCACGCUGCGACACCUCGAGCUCAUCCCCGUCGGCCAGCCUGCAGCCUUCAACAUCUCUGUGGACGGCGGCGGCUCCGCCGAGCUCACCGUCACUGUCAAGACACCCAGCCAUACCACGCUGCCAGUGCGUGUGUCUGGCAGCGUGCGAGCAGGGUUCAUAGCAGAGUUCAAGCCAGUGGAGGUGGGUGCCCACACAAUCAUCGUUAACUACAACGAGUCCGCCGUCUCCGGCACCCCCUUCACCUGUAAAGUGUACGAUGCCUCUAAGGUGGGCGUUUCCCACCUGCCUAGAGGUGCAAUCGGCAAGAGCCUUCAGUUUGUAGUGGACGCAUCAGAGGCUGGCGAGGGCAACUUGGAGAUCAGUAUCAGUGCAGCUGGCAGGAAUAUACCCACACAGGUUCACCCUCAGGGUUCAGCCAGGUUCGCGGUGUCUUUUGUGCCUCUGGAAGCCAUUGACCAUUCUAUCAACAUCUCCUUCAACAAAGAGCCAGUCCAAGGCUCUCCGUUUGUAGCCAAGGUGCAGGCAGACCCCAACCGCAUUGUAGUGAGUGGACAGUCGCUAGCAGCCACAGCUGUAGGGAAGACCUCGUUCUUUACCAUCUCCAACGUCACCGGUUCUGUGGAGGAUGUGGAAGUGUCUGUUGAGGGCCCCAAUGGACUCACCGUGGCAUCGCAGAUCCGCGACAACGGCGAUCACACCUUCAGAGUGGAGUUUGCACCUCGCAAUGCUGGCGAGCAUAGAAUCCACGUGGCGUACGGCGGCGAGGAGAUCCCUGGCUCCCCCUUCAGCUGUAAGGUGUACGACGUGUCGGCCAUCAAGGUUCGCCCAGUUGAUCGUGGCAUGGUCGCCAAGCCUGUCACUUUUCUUGUGGAGACGAAUAAUGCUGGACCAGGAAACCUGGAGGUGACUGUCAACAAUGGUCAGGUCCCCACCAGCGCCCAGGCUCAGGGCAAUCAUGUCUACGCCAUUUCCUUCACUCCCAAAGAAGCCAAGCCACAUGUGGUGGAGCUCAAGUUUAACGGGGAGAACGUGCCGGGCUCGCCGUUCUCGUGCGAGGUGGUGGACGUGUCGCGAGUGACGGUGGCUGGCACCGGACUGGAGAAGGUCCCCGUCGACCUGCCGGCAACCUUCACUGUCGACUCUCAGGCAAGUGAGGAGCAGCUGGAGGUGAAGGUGUUGUCUCCGUCCCGCCAAAACCUGGAGCCCCGCGUCUCUACCAACGACGAGGGUAAACUCCUGGUGGAGUACACCCCCACUGAAGUCGGUGACCACAGCGUGGAGGUGCGGGUGGCGGGGAUGUUGGUGCCAGGGUCGCCCUUCCUCGUCAAGGCCUACGACGCCACCAAAGUCAGGGUCACCGAAGUCGCCACGGGUAUCGUCGCUAAGCCCGUCUACUUCUCCAUCGACGCGUCGCAGGCCGGCGCUGGCAACCUGGAGAUCAUCGUGUCGGUGAAUGGUCGCAACGUCCCCAACUACGUCCAGUCUGAAGGUCAUGCCAGGUUCCGGGUGAAUUUCAAGCCCAAGGAGGCCGCCGUCCAUACACUCUCGGUCAAGUUCAAUGGCUUGCCUGUUCCAGGGUCACCGUUCAAGUGUCGUGUGAGUGACAGCAGUCAGGUGGUGGUGUCCGGCGCGGGGCUCAAGAUGUCCUCCCUGGCGCGGGCCGCAGUCAUCACAGUGGACCCGCGCACCGCCGACGUCACCGACUGCCUCGUCCAGGUUACAUCGCCGUCAGGAGCACACGUGCCGGUCAAGCUGUGCGGUGAGCUGCCCAAGAAGAUGACGGCAGAGUUCCAGCCGCUGGAGGUGGGCCCGCACACCAUCAAUGUCAUCAUGGAUGGUGAGAGCGUCGGUGGCUCGCCCUUCACCUGCAACAUCUAUGAUGUCACCAAGGUGCAGGUCACCGGCCUCGACCACUCUAAGGUGAACCGGCCGGUGACGUUUACGGUGGACGCCUCUCAGGCGGGCGAGGGCACGUUGGAGCUGGUAGUGACCACCGCCAAGGCCUCGGUCAGGGCAGAGGUCGCCGCCAGGUCACGUGGUCUUUAUGACGUCACAUUUACCCCACAUGAGCCUAUUCCACACUUCGUCAAUAUCACCUUCAACGAAGAGGAUGUUCUUGGGUCACCCUUCAAGUGUGACGUCCGAGAGCUGGAGCCUCGAGAGGUACGGCACCUACAGCGUAAAGAGAGCCAGAUGGUGACAGCAAAGGGAGACGGACUUAAGCAGGUGGUGACCGGCAGCACGGCGUCCUUCACAGUGGACACCAAGGGUCUUGACGGGGAACUUGACAUCCGUGUCACAGGCCCUGAUGGUGGGCAGGUCCCCGCCAGGCUUGUCAAACUCCGUAGUGGUCUGCAUCGCGCUGAAUACCGGGCCGACCAGGUUGGGUCGUACGGCGUGGCAGUGCUGCAUCAGGGCGCCCCCAUCACCGGCACACCUUACACUGUGGAGGCCGCCGACCCUCGUAGGGUCGCCCUCCAGCCUGCAGGAGACUGCUUCUCUACACACGAGUGUGCACUUAAGGUGGACGCCUCAGGCGCUGGGCGUGGAACACUGUCUGUGGGCGUACGGGCUGCCGGCCAGGAUGUGAAGCACUCCAUCAGGGACCUCGGCGGUGGUCUGUACAAGGUGCUCUUCUACCCCAGGGCUCCCAUACCACACAAGCUGGAUAUACGCUACAAUGGCGUCCCAGUUCAAGGAGGGCCAUUGGAAGUGAGUGUACGUAACCCAGCUACUGGUCAUGCUGUGACAGCCACGGGCAUCGGCCUUCACCAGGCGAGAGUCAACAAGCCCACAUCCUUCGUCAUAGAGACCUUGGGUCAACCUUCAAAGGAGUUCGACGUUCUGAUUACUGGGCCUCAAGACUGGGCUGUUCCAGUUAAGUGUUAUCAACAGAAGGAUGGUAACUUGCUGGCGGAAUAUACUCCACACAUCCCCGGGACGUACAAGAUAGAUGUAAUGUGCUCCACUAAACAUGUCAAGGGCUCACCAUUCCAGUGUACAGCCUACGAUGCUUCCAAAGUGGUGCUAGACCACAGUAAAUUGGUAACUGCUGUUGGUGAACCAUGUUUGUUCAAAUUGGACAAGUCUGAAGCGGGUAUAGCUGAUCUGGAGGUGCAGGUUGUGGCCCCGUCCGGAGUGUUGAUGCCUCUGGAAGUGAAGAGCGGACCAGCGGGUGAGGCUGUUGAGUGGGUUCCUGAUGCCCCAGGACAGUACAGAGUCGCCUUCCUUUACGGUGGGGAAGAGGUGCCGGGAUCACCUCUAACAGUGGAGGUUGGGGAGUCAGGGUUGGCCAGCGUGAAGGGUUCCGGACUUGAUGGCGGCGCUGUCAACACACCGCUCACCUUUAUCAUUGAUGGACGUGGCCUCCUCGGCGAGCCCCACGUUACAGUUGAUGGGCCAGACAGUGUAGCUCGGGUCAACGUUCGUAAGCAGGAUGAAGGCCUUUACCAGGUAACAUAUGUGCCCCAUGAAGUGGGUAUCUUUGACGUGCGUGUCCAGUGGAAUAAGCGAGAUGUUGCAGGCAGCCCUUUCCACCCUAAGAUUGUGGACCCUGCUCGUGUGAGACUCAUUGGUGGGUGGGCAAGCCUACAAGAUGCUGAGGGUCGCCUGGAGUUGACGCCUCGAGAGGAAAAACGGUUGGCCUUUGACGUGAGUGAAGCAGGCCCUGGAAGACUCCGAGGUGAGGUCACCCAUGAUGACCAGUCACUGGAAAUAGGCAUGGACCAAAAUGGUUCCCGAGCACGUCUACUCUUUACCCCGCCAGAUGAAGGUCUUUAUGAACUGCGCUUGUGGUAUGCAGAUUUGCCCCUGCCAGAUAUGCCUGUACAUGGCUGGGCCGAACCAAUAUCCACAGGCGACCACACGAGAGUCACUCUCCGUGGUCACGGCCUGACUGCAGCUCGGUGUGGCGAUCAGUCAGAAUUCAUCAUUGAUGGCUCGGCAGCUGGCCCUGGUGCCCCUGACGUGACCAUGAGUGGCACGAAGACUGACAUAACUGUCUCGCUGACACACCAAGGAGGAGGCCUCUGGCGGGCAGUUUAUACACCAAUUGUGCCUGGUGCUUAUUUACUCAAUGUGAUGUGGUCGGACCGCCAGGUGCGGGGUUGUCCACUCAAGGUCAAUGUAGAGAGUGCAGCAGAUGCCUCAAGAGUAGUGUGCUCGGGCGAGGGCCUCCGACACGGGAUGGUCGGCAGUGAAAUAAAAUCAUUCAUCGACACUCGGCGAGCGGGUCCUGGCGAAUUGACUGUCACUUGCUCAGGGCCUCAGAAGGUGGCUCUGUGUGACCUAGAUGAACACGGAGAUGGCACUUUCACACUCAACAUCAGACCACAGGAGCCUGGACGGCAUGCUCUGAGUGUGAGGUAUGAGGGCGAGCAUGUACCUGGAUCACCCUACACUCUUAAGGUUGCUGGAGCUCCAGACCCAUCUAAGGUUCGUGUUUAUGGCCCUGGUAUUGAGCAUGGAGUGUUGGCGUCAUAUCAGAGCCGCUUCAUUUGUGACACUAGAGGAGCUGGUGCCGGCCAACUCACUGUCAGGAUCAGAGGACCUAAAGGUGCCUUUCGUGUGGAGAUGCAGCGCGAGUCUCAGAAAGAUCGAACUAUUUUGUGUAAGUACGAUCCAACAGAGCCCGGAGACUACCGCAUGGAAGUGAAGUGGUCGGGUGAGCAUGUUCCCGGCAGCCCCUUUAUAGUCAUGAUCUUCGACACUCAGGAUGAACUCAACAGAUAUAUGGCGGGUGGGUACUCUCCCGGUGGACCUGGUGGGGCUCAGAGUGACUACUAUGGCAGUAUCGGCUACGGUACCUAUGGUGCAGUCAGUUUUAGCCAGAUGUCCUGGAGAGGUUCGCAAGCACAGUUGUGAAGGGGGCCAGGGUCCCCGCCGAGCGUCGCCCCUCCCACUAAUGCCCCAUCUAGUAAUGGCUUCCUACCUAGCUCCUCACCAUCUUCUCCUUCACCACCCCGUGCCAUGCUAGCCACCAAUGGCCGAGUACUCCCCACACCUCGACAGGUCAAGGCUCUAGCCUAUGCUCGUCGAAGGAACAGACCCUUAAGUCACGACACGGUUGGUCAUUUUUCCAUGCCACGACCUCCUCUUUCAGCACCACAAAGACCAAUUCCCGUAUACAUGUCGACUUGGGCAUGGCCCCCUUGCCACAACCACUUCACGUCCCUGCCGACCCCAUCGCAUAAGGGUCGCAAGACCCCCCGACGUUCGACGCCCAUGAACGACCCUGCAUAUUCCGGCAUCAGCCUGCACCAGUUCCACCGGUACCGUCUCAUCACCAACAACAACUUAUAGGGUGGUGGACCCUGGUCCCUCCCAACAGGGCUCCUGUAUAUAAACAGGUGCGAGCUUGCUCAGGUUCUUUCUCUUGAACUUUGCAAGGCUCGGUACCCUUCAUACCUAGCCCUGAAACAUGUCCCAAAUGCUGCCGUCAUAGACAUUACCACUGGCCACAUUCAACAGCACACACUACCAUCAUUUAUGCAUCUUUCAUCUCAUUGCUCUACCUGUACAUUAAAUCAACUUAAAAACACUUUAAAGUACGCAUUAUUGACCACAUUUCAUUCUCAUGUCAAAACCAGCAUCAUAAGGAGUGAGCAAGGACACGAGGCAGCCCCUGGGAGCAGGUGUGAGGGCGACGCCUGCCUGCCGUCAUGCUGGGUGACGCCAGGCCAGGCUCGGUUCUCGCCUCAGCCAGCCCCCAUUGUGCCUCAUCACUGGUGCCGCCGCCUAGAUUUUGUUUAUAAUCAUCCUGUAAGAGAUUAGUGUAAAAUAGCCAAAUUCAAGACUUUUGUAAUUUAUAUCCUAAAUUGAAGCAAAUAUUUUUCUUCUCGGCCUUUUAAUAAUUAAAAUUACUUGAUAUUUAUCACACCAUUACCAUGCAUUUGUACUCAUCUAGAAGUCACUAAAUAGCUAUUGUUAAUGUGUUACCGUUAAUUACAAGACUAGAACACAUCAUUAGUGUCACAAUUUCAUACUGGUCCUUACAUAGGUUAUUUAAGUAUCUUAAGUUAUCAGAGAUUGUGAUGUUAUAUCAUUAAUAUAUUUAAUAAUACUACACAAUUUUUAACUAUUUGUAAAUGUUGAAUUAAUAAAAAAUACUAAUGA